GUCAAUCCUUCGAGCCUCGAGAUUGGCGAAAAAAUCCUUCGUGAACUUCGGAUGACAGUCAUGGACCUCAUGUUGCACUCUAUCUCGAACAAAGCUUCCAUGCUACCUUGGAGGGAUGGUUUUUUUCGAAGCAAGGCCCUUGUGCAGUUUCUCAAUGUGUUGGACGCGCGAGCGAGCAACUUCGUGUCAUUUUAUGACCAAUGGCUAUCGAAAUAGUCACUGAUGAGGUUGACGCCGAGAUGGAGGCUGCUAAGGAUAUUUUUGCGCGGUUACGAGAAACUACUCCGUGGCUACGAUGCAUCGUUUUGUCAGCUAUGCAGACAGCACAAGCUGCAAAGGAGAACAAGAAGCAGAACAUCGAGACGGGCACUUGUAAAGUGCAUUGGGAGAUUUCAAUUGCGUCCCGAGUAGCGAGCGAUAAUGGUCCGUAUAGUCUGAGCGAGAGCAGCAGACAGGAGCAGACACAUAACUUCAUUGAUACCUCAUUAGAGAGGUUCGAAGCUGCAUUAUCCCAUCUCCCAGACAAUAUACCCCUAGGAAACCAAAGAUACAACUUCGAGCACUUCUCUCCAGAUCCUGUAAAGAUUGAAUUAUAUGGGACCUCGGAGGCAGCGGUCAAUCAUGAGCUUGAAGUGACCUCUGCACCUUGCCCAUUUGAGUACGAAGAACGUGGGCCUGGUCUCAUCGCUUCCAACGAGGAUUCGGAUAUACGGCUUGACGGUAGCGUCGAUCUCGUCGAUGAGGGUGACCCUGGAUAUCUGCGCUGCAGUAACCAGGUGUUUGUUGGUAGUGAGGAUGCUCGUCUAGAUGGCCCCGAGCUCCUGAACCUUCUCUCUGACAACUUGGCAAUCGAUAUGGAGGUUCAAAAUCAGUCGCGAACACCUGGGCCGUCUUCAGAGGUAGCUGAUGGUGGCCCUGUAGCCUGGAAGUUCAGCUUUUCUCAAACUCUGUAA